UUUCCUCCUCAGCUUCUUUUCACACCUCUUUGACACUUCCUUACAAUCUCAUCUUGGUUUUGCUCUUUCAAGUACUUAUGAUAAGCACCCCAGUGUCAUUUGAAUAUUUAAAACAGGAGACAAUUAAACCAUCAGCUGAAACACUAGUCGGAGGCUGAUAUAGGGUUACUUCCUUCAGGGAACAAACACCAUCCUCUGCGCACACUUGAGUCUAAUGAAGGCUGUCGGUGCAACCAUUUCAGGAUGUUGUCAUAAUAAACAUGUGCUUGGGCAGCAAAGGAAAAGGAGAGGGGGAAAUGCACUUUAAAAUGUCCUGUACUGAAAAGCUGACAUUGGCUGCGAGGAUGCCGCUGUCCCUUGCCGCUGCCGCGUGGCCUCGGGGAUGAUCUCUUCAACCCACUAGGAUGCCUGGAUGUUUUAAGAAGACGUGGUUCGGCUUGGCCUCACUGCUGAGCUUCUCAUCCUUCUUGUUGAUCAUCAUUGCUAUGGCAGUCCCCAAGUGGAUGAGCGGGAAGAUCCUCUGUCAGACCGGAGUGGAUCUGGUCAAUGCCACAGAUCCAGAGCUAGUUAAAUUCAUUGGAGACAUUUACUACGGACUCUUCCGGGGCUGCAAAGUGCGGCAAUGUGGGCUGGGUGGCCGGCACUCCCGAUUCACCAUCUUUCCUCACAUGGUGAAACAGCUGAACACUGGCCUUCAUGUAAUGAUUUUAAUCUUCCUUUUUGUGGCCAUGGCCUUGGCCCUGGUCAGUAUGGGGUUUGCAGUCCUCAAUAUGAUAAAGGUCCCGUAUCGUGCAGUAAAUGGCCCUGCUGGUAUAUGUCUGUGGAAUGUACUUGCAGGUGGUGUCGUUGCUUUGGCCAUUGGGAGCUUCAUGGCGGCUGUGAAAUUCCAUGACCUCACAGACAGAAUUGCCAAUUUUCAGGAAAAGAUCUUUCAGUUUGUCGUCUUGGAGGAACAGUACGAAGAGUCUUUCUGGAUCUGUGUGGCAAGUGCUACUGCUCACGCAGCAAAUUUGCUGGUGGUAGCCAUAAGUCAGAUUCCCCUUCCUGAGAUAAAGACCAAAAUAGAAGAAGCAACUGUGACAGCAGAGGAUAUCUUGUAUUAAUUGCCUCCCCUAACAGUAUCCUCUUCCUAAAAAGUGUUCUGUGAAAUUAAUUAAGGCAUAAUUUUGGGGGUUCUCAUGCUUCUGAUCUGGAUGAAGACCUUUCAUCAUUAAUGCUUUGGCCACUAAUUAAUUGGCAGUGAUUUUAUAGAUUCUAUAAAAGUCAAUGGAAACUGUCAGUAAUUAUAACCAGGGAUUGUA